AUGGAAAAAAUGGAAAAUUUAACAACUACUGGAAAGAUUGCAGGAAAAAGAGAUCGCGGUCAACAACGAAUCACAUUCGUAAAGUCCUUGUGUCACUUGUUGAAUAUCACAGCAUUUCUACUACUACAAAGUGUUAAAAAUCGGGUUUUGUGGAGUGUACUCAAAACAGUUACCAAGAUGUACAAAAAAUACAAAUUUGACAAUAAAAAGGAUAUUAAAAGUAAAAUGAUUAUAGAAAAACUUCAGCUUUAUAAGCAAAAACCACUUCAUGAGACAAUUUCUAGUAUACUACAUCUGGACACAUAA